CACACACCGGCCACGCAUACCCGGGCCGAGAUAAGUUCGAAAGAAAAAGAAAAAAAAGAAAAGACGUGUGAUUAUAUUUCUAUCGGACUUCCAUUUGUUGUCACUAUAUAUUGAACAUUGGGCGCAAUUCUGUUUUUGGAUGUCCAACUAUUGAUUUGUUUGCCUAUACACGCCAAACAAAUAUUUUAAAAAAAUGGCAUCUGACACAACAACACCAAUCGACUCGUUACCGAACGAGAUUCUCGACUCUAUCCUCUCCCCCCUCUCGACCCAGGACCUCAUCAAACUAGCCCCUGUCGACCGUCGCAUAUACACGAUCGUCCUCCGUCUCGUCCAACACCGCCUGGCAGCAGUCUUGGAUCAAAAGAGCUCGCAGGAGCUCAUAUUGGAGUGCUACCCGCCCUCGGCAGCCCUGACCACCCCCUACCUCUUCUGCGACUUUGUCGAGACCAGCCGCCUCGACGGUAGCGGUUCCACCCUCCUGGAUCCGGAAACGGAGCUCGACGGCAGCAGCAGUAGCGGCUCCUUGGGAGACCUGCGCAGCUUGUACUCGCGCUUCCGUCCCGUGGCCCAGGAUGAGAACCGCCGCCCUAGGCACCGGUACCCAAGGCAAAGCAGCAGUAUAGAGGAUGCGGAGGAGGAGGAUGCUGUGGUUCCGGAAUCGCCUCCGUCCUUGGACGUCCACCUCGACGAGGGAGAGCAGUUCUCCCAGCUGGUGACGGUCACCAACGUCGUCGAGAUGGGCUCCAGGCGGGGUCAGUUCCUGGGCCACGCCAACGUCAGUGACGGGGUGCUGAGGGUGUGGAGGGCAUGGCUAGCCGCCGCUACAACCAAUUCUGCUGCGGGGGGUCAAGGUGAGCAACGAGAGGCGAUACUGUGGGCUGACGCGGAGAGGCAUGUGGGUGUGAGGUUCAGGGUCUCGAGGAAGGACGCUUGGAGCCAGCCUUUGCUCCUUGGGGCGGAUGAGGACCCGCCUGUCAGCUACAGGCUUGAUUACGAAGAACUCGUGGUCAGGACCAGUCAACUACUUCUGACUAUGGAAAGGUCGGAAAGUCAGGUGGCUACAAGCUCAGGUAACGAUCUUAUGCUCGUCCUAUAAGCACAUAUCGGCCCGCCAAGCCGAGGACUACACCAACCAAAAAUGAACCCUGUGGGAAGACUGUAUCUGCUGUUUGCUGCCUCUGUUUUGUUCUGGUCUUUUUGCGACGCAUGAAUACGCCCUUGCAACCCGACCAGUGUCGGUGUUACGAGAAGAGAAGAGACGAGACGAAACCUUCCCCAUCCACUCAGUCAGCGCGAUUUUAAAGGCCGAUUGAUAGCUUGGGUACGACCGACCAGCGACAGCGGCGUCGGCACUUGUCUUUUUUUUUUUUUUUUUUUUUUUUUUUUUUU